AUGUCCCGCCGCAAGCAGGGCAACCCGCAGCACUUGUCCCAGCGGGAGCUCAUCACCCCUGAGGCUGACCAUGUGGAGGCUGCCAUCCUCGAAGAAGACGAGGGUCUGGACAUAGAGGAGCCCAGCGGCCUGGGGCUGCUGGUGGGCGGCCCGGACCCCGACCUGCUGACCUGCGGACAGUGCCAGAUGAACUUCCCGCUGGGGGACAUCCUGGUGUUCAUCGAGCACAAGCGGAAGCAGUGCGGCCUGGGCGUCUGCUACGACAGGGGCCUGGACAAGGGCAGCCCGCCGCCCGCCGCGCGCCCCGAGCUCAGGAGGGUGUCCGAGCCGGUGGAGAUCGGCAUCCAGGUCACGCCCGACGAAGAUGACCACCUGCUCUCGCCCACGAAAGGCAUUUGCCCCAAGCAGGAGAACAUGGCAGGGCCGUGCAGGCCUGCCCAGCUGCCCGCGAUGGCCCCCAUAGCUGCCUCCUCCUCCCACCCUCACGCAUCCGUCAUCACCUCACCUCUGCGCGCCCUGGGCGCUCUGCCCUGCUUCCCCCUGCCGUGCUGCAGCGUGCGCCCGGGCUCGGGCGACGGGACUCAGGGCGAGGGGCACGCGGAGGCUCCCUUUGGAUGUCAGUGUCAGUUGUCAGGUAAGGACGAGCCCUCCAGCUACAUUUGCACAACAUGCAAGCAGCCCUUCACCAGCGCGUGGUUCCUGCUGCAGCACGCGCAGAACACGCACGGCUUCCGCAUCUACCUGGAGCCCGGGCCGGCCAGCAGCUCGCUCACGCCGCGCCUCACCAUCCCGCCGCCGCUGGGGCCCGAGGCCGUGGCGCAGUCGCCGCUCAUGAACUUCCUGGGCGACAGCAGCCCCUUCAGCCUGCUGCGCAUGGCGGGCCCGCUGCUGCGGGACCACCCGGGCUUCGGCCACGAGGGCCGCCUGCCCGGCACGCCGCCGCUCUUCAGCCCGCCGCCGCCGCCGCGCCACCCGCUGGACCCGCACCGCCUCGGCGCCGCCGCCGAGGAGAUGGGGCUGGUGGCCCAGCACCCCAGUGCCUUCGACCGAGUCAUGCGCCUCAACCCCAUGGCCAUCGACUCGCCCGCCAUGGACUUCUCGCGGCGGCUCCGCGAGCUGGCGGGCAACAGCUCCACGCCGCCGCCGCCGCCGCCGCCGCCCGUGUCCCCCGGCCGCGGGAACCCCAUGCACCGGCUCCUGAACCCCUUCCAGCCCGGCCCCAAGUCCCCGUUCCUGAGCACCCCGCCGCUGCCGCCCAUGCCCCCCGGGGCCGGCACGCCGCCGCCGCUACCGCCGCCGCACGCCAAGAGCAAGUCGUGCGAGUUCUGCGGCAAGACCUUCAAGUUCCAGAGCAACCUGAUCGUGCACCGGCGCAGCCACACGGGCGAGAAGCCCUACAAGUGCCAGCUGUGCGACCACGCGUGCUCGCAGGCCAGCAAGCUCAAGCGCCACAUGAAGACGCACCUGCACAAGGCGGGCUCGCUGGCCGGCGGCCGCUCCGACGACGGGCUGUCGGCCGCCAGCUCCCCGGAGCCCGGCACCAGCGAGCUGGCGGGCGGCGGCGGCGAGGGCCUCCAGGCGGGCGGCGUUGGCGGCGGCGGCGACUUCCGCCACCACCACCACGGCAGCGACCCGUCGUCGUCGCUGGGCCACGACCCCGAGGAGGAGGAGGAGGAGGAGGAAGAGGAGGAGGAGGAGGAGCUGCUGCUGGAGAACGAGAGCCGGCCCGAGUCGAGCUUCAGCAUGGACUCGGAGCUGAGCCGCAGCCACCGGGAGAACGGCGGCGGCGGCGGCGGCGGCGGGCUGGUGGCCGGGGUGCCCGGCGGCCUGGGCGGCCUGGGCGGCGCGGCCAAGGCGCUGGCCGACGAGAAGGCGCUGGUGCUGGGCAAGGUCAUGGAGAACGCGGGCCUGGGCGCGCUGCCGCCGCCCUACGGCGACCUGCUGGCCGACAAGCCCAAGCGCGGCGGCGGCGGCUUCCUGAAGCGCGCGGCGGCGGCGGGCGACCCGGGCGACGAGGACGACGACGACGCGGGCGGCUGCGGGGACGCGGGGGGCCCCGGGGGCGCGGUGAACGGGCGCGGCGUGGGCGUGGGCGGCGGCUUCGUGCCGGGCGGCGGCGCCGAGCCCUUCCCGGGCCUGUUCCCGCGCAAGCCGCCGCCGCUGCCGCUGCCCAGCCCGGGGCUGCACGGCGCGGCGGCCAAGCGCAUCAAGGUGGAGAAGGACCUGGAGCUGCCGCCCGCCGCGCUCAUCCCCUCCGAGAACGUGUACUCGCAGUGGCUCGUGGGCUACGCGGCGUCGCGCCACUUCAUGAAGGACCCCUUCCUGGGCUUCACGGACGCGCGCCAGUCGCCCUUCGCCACGUCGUCCGAGCACUCGUCCGAGAACGGCAGCCUGCGCUUCUCCACGCCGCCCGGCGACCUGCUGGACGGCGGGCUGUCCGGGCGCAGCGGCACGGCCAGCGGCGGCAGCACGCCGCACCUGGGCGGGCCCGGGCCCGGCCGGCCGAGCUCCAAGGAGGGCCGGCGCAGCGACACGUGCGAGUACUGCGGCAAGGUGUUCAAGAACUGCAGCAACCUCACGGUGCACCGGCGCAGCCACACCGGCGAGCGGCCUUACAAGUGCGAGCUGUGCAACUACGCGUGCGCGCAGAGCAGCAAGCUCACGCGCCACAUGAAGACGCACGGGCAGAUCGGCAAGGAGGUGUACCGCUGCGACAUCUGCCAGAUGCCCUUCAGCGUCUACAGCACCCUGGAGAAACACAUGAAGAAGUGGCACGGCGAGCACCUGCUGACCAACGACGUCAAGAUCGAGCAGGCCGAGAGGAGCUAA